AUCAAAGAGUGCGUCCCCUGAGCAUUUUAAUUAACAAAAGCAUUUUCCCAAGAAAUACUCAGUUAAUUGGCAUCUGCUCACGCGGUUUCGUCAACUUUCCCUUCUCUUCCAUCCAUCACUUCCUCUCCUUCCUUUUCCCCUCUGUAAAAACCUCUCUCUCUCUCUCAAACCCGAAACCUAGAAUUUCACACUUCCCCUCCACCACAAAGACACUCUACAACCACAGAUUUCGCCUUCCGUUUCCGUUUCCACACACACACACACGCACACUCUCUCUCUUUCGUAUCAUAUUUUCCUCAUUAACUUUCAUCAAAUUUGCAGUCUUUAAUUUCAUUGCCUGUUGUCUCUCUCUUUACGCACUUUGAUCCAUCACGCACUCUUCUGUACCCAUUGUCUCAAUUCAAAACAAAACAAAAAAAAAGAGCCUUCUGGGUCUAUCCCGUCUUCACAAAAUUUCGGACUUUUUUUUUUAACAAAAUCUCAUACCCAUCUGUUUUUUUUCGCAAAAUCUAAUCUUUGUUUGCUUCUGAAUUCUCUGGGCUUUGCUGGUGAGGGAAAUGAGGGAUGCUCUCGUGGCUGGCAAGGAUGGCCUCAGCGUGUUGGAAGCCAGUAAGACGGUAUGCCCGUAUGAACAAGGAUGAUAGUAAUGACGCUGAUUCUUCUCUCGGAGACUCGCUCCUAUGGUCCAGGGACCUCGAAAAGCACUCCUUAGGCGAGUUCUCCUUCGCCGUAGUCCAGGCCAACGAGGUAAUCGAGGAUCAGAGCCAGGUCGAGACCGGCCAAAGUGCCACCUUUGUUGGCGUAUACGACGGCCAUGGCGGUCCCGAGGCUUCUCGCUAUAUAUGUGACCAUCUUUUUCUUCAUCUAGUCAAGCUUGCUCGAGAAAAUGGAACCAUAUCUGAAGAUGUUCUCAGGAGAGCUUUUUCUGCAACUGAGGAUGGGUUUCUCACUCUUGUGCGUAGGACAUGUGGAAUAAAACCACUGAUGGCAGCAGUUGGCUCUUGUUGCCUGGUUGGGGUCAUCUGGAAAGGAACAUUAUAUGUUGCCAAUUUGGGUGAUUCUCGAGCUGUUAUUGGUUCUUUAGGUAGAUUUAAUAAGAUAAUUGCUGAGCAAUUGACCAAGGAUCACAAUGCAAGCAUGGAGGAGGUUAGACAAGAACUCAGGUCCAGGCAUCCAGAUGAUUCACAUAUUGUAGUCAUGAAGCAUGGAGUAUGGCGUAUCAAAGGCAUCAUUCAGGUAUCUAGAUCUAUAGGUGAUGCAUACUUGAAGAGGCCAGAGUUCUCUCUCGAUCCUUCAUUCCCGCGAUUCCACCUUCCUGAACCUAUCCGUCGACCUGUGCUGACAUCAGAACCAUCCGUUUGUACAAGAGUUUUGCAACCAAAUGAUAAAUUUAUCAUAUUUGCAUCUGACGGACUUUGGGAACACAUGACAAAUCAGGAAGCUGCUGAGAUUGUGUAUAAAUACCCACGAACGGGAAUUGCGAGGAGACUUCUCAAAACAGCUUUAAAUGUGGCAGCUAGUAAAAGGGAGAUGAGAUAUGACGACCUUAAGAAGGUUGAAAAGGGUGUCAGGCGGUUCUUUCACGAUGAUAUUACAGUUGUAGUCAUCUUUAUAGACCACGAGUUACUGGGUAAGAAGAUAUCUGUGCCAGAGCUAUCGGUAAGAGGGUUCAGUGACACUGUUGGACCAUCAAAUUUUAAUGUUCUUCAAGGAUUGAUGUGAAUGCAUUGCCAGGUCCAUUAACUUAAAUAAGUUCCUGGUAACUUGAAUGGCUCUCGGUAUGGUAUAAGAAGACAAAGCUCAGCUAGUUCUUUAAUUUCUCAUUCCACAUUUUUGCAACAUCUUAUCGUUGUUUCUUCAGCCUUCUUCAUUUUGUCCUUCCCAAGUUUCUUUUACGGCAAGCUUGAAUCUUAUUUCCCAUAGGAUAUGCACCCGUUGGAUAAUAUUUAUAAGGAAAGCUACUGAUUUUUCUUUCUUUUUGUGGGGGUUCUUAAGUUGGGAGUCUGUAUACAGUUGUGCAAUUAUACAAAUUGUUUGAAUAAGUUUGUUCUUAUUGAACAUUGAUGAGGUCUUCUUCUGUACA